AUGGAAGCUCCAUCGAAACUUGGCAUUGAACCGAAGAGCGAUGGCUUUUCGUUUUCUAGUAGCCUUGAGCAACCGUUGCAAGAACAUAACAGCUGGAAACUAUACUUUCCGCUCAAAGAUUAUUGUUCAUCUCGUGAUACGCUGAUACACGUUCGCGCCAUCGAAAGACACUACACGGAUUAUUGGCAAGAAUAUUCACCCGCAGAAGCCGAACGAAAAAGAAGCUUCGAGUUUAAGCUUCACCUCGCCAAGCAGGACAUAAAUAUACGAGACGGCUGGUCGACAUUUGAGGCCGAUCUACGAGCAUUUCCGGAGUAUGCGAUAUCCUGCCUAGGGUUUGCGAUGCACCGCACAAUAAUGGCGCAUCGUAACACUAAUGGAAUGCCGUUCAGGCGAGUUGAAUCCAUGAUCCAUCCCUUAUUGAAACCCAUCGGCCCGAAGCUACCAAUACAGGCAAUCGGAAAAGCUCACCUAGGAAAACUAGUGACGUUAAGGGGAUUGAUAAUUAGCAUCUCUGAGCCGUUUGUGUCCAAUGCCUGGAGUGCAUACAGAUGCAAACUGUGCAACAAUCGCACAAUCUUGGAGCAAUUUAGUGCCGCCGACAUAGAAACCUUAAGAGAAAUUCGAUCCGAUCCGAGCCUUUUUAAGAUUCUGGUGCAUUCCCUGUGUCCACAGGUGGUAGGAUUGGAAUCCAUCAAAGCCGGUCUGCUGUUGGCGUUAUUCAGUAAUAGCUGGGAUACGCACGUAAUUAUAGCUGGAGGUGAAAAAACUACUGCUCAACAACUACUGCGCAGCUGCGCCAAUCUCUCACCAAGAGGCAUUCUAGUGACAGAGCAAUGUUCCAAGCUUGGUUUAUCGUUUGAGCGGAUGAGCGAUGGGAUGAAAUAUUUAGAAGCGGGCUCCGUUGUCCUUGCGGAUAUGGGAGUUUUCUGUAUAGACGCCAUUGACAAACACAUCGAUAUAGAAGCUUUGGCAAAAAUAUUAUCCGAUGAAAAGGCCAACGUAAUGGAAAGCAAAACUCAAGUGUCUUCUGGAACGGCUUGUGUUCCAGUCCGUACCACUUUGCUGGCAUCAGUCCAACCGAUAGGAGGUGCAUUUGACGAAAGCAAACCGUUUUUCGAAAAUUUUUCAGUGCCCCGAGAAUUUUUCGAGAGUCUAGCGCUGGUCUUUUUACUGGCUGAUACCGUCGAUGCGAACGACGAACUUGUGUGUCCAAGAGGUGUACGGUUGAAUCCAGAAAACGUAUCAAGCAAUAAAUGCAGCGUGGAAAUUCCGUUGGUACGACAGUUAAAGCUACACGCAGAGGACAAUUUAGACUUGCUACCCACUGAAUUGUUCCGCAAAUACAUCGAAUACGCUCGACUACAGUGCCAACCAGAGUUCACAGAGGCAUCAUCUACACUUCUGGAAAAUUUCUUCUCUCAAAUGUAUUCCAUGCCGCAAUGCUUGCACAUGGUGCAUAGUUCAAAAAUUUCACAAAUCCAAAACAUGGUACGCUCAAGAGCAAGGAUAGGUCUCUGUUCUGAAAUCUCUUGCGAACACGUUAUGGACACUAUCAGAAUUAUAAGCCGUAGCUGGUACGAUAAAUACGACACGGACGAUCGUCCUGCUACGGUAAAAGUAUCGGUUAAAAAAGGAGCAGCUAAGGCGUCUGACAUUCGGAAAUAUUUAGACGCGCUACGCAGCAAAUCUCUCACGCUGAAUACGAAAGAAUUUUCAACUACUGAUUUAAACAGCAUAGUGAAUGAGUUGGGUCUACCCGGCGUUGCAGACGAAGUCAUUGAAAAAUUGAACAUGCAAGGAUAUUUGCUUAAAAAAAAUGCCAGAUGUUAUAAAUUGCUCGCCUAA